CAAAAUUUCAUGAAAUUACAAGUCUCAGUGUUCUUCUUCUUCGGCGCUGUAUUGGUCAUACCGGGUUUUCUUAGUCAUUCAUUUGGUCUAGGAAAUGGAGUAAUAAUUUAGCAAUUCCUUCUGCAUCGCCAUAGUUGAUGACUUCAUGGCUCCGUGGAAUUGACUUUUAAAUUGAAUACUUACAUUUACAUGAGCAUAGACUGGAAGGUGAUAAGAAAUUUAUUAAAUGGUAUCACAGGCCAGAAGCCCAGAACUUCUCAAUCAUUUCAAAGAUGAUGGAUUACUCCUCUUUGCAAUUUUUAUUAAUCCUUCCUAUUGAAUUUGAAUUUCAAGAUUUGUACUGUAUUUAGUACAAAUCUCAAAAAUUAAUCUAUAAUAGAUGAGGGAGUAAGAUAAAGAGCAGUUUCUGCUAGGGAAUUUUUUAUUCUUUGGAUUUUUGGUCCGUGGUUGACUAUUCUUUAAAGAAUAAGAAUGACUGUUGAUUGAUUAUUGGAAAAAUCAAAGAAGUCUGAAAGUCUUCAUUCCUCACUAGUAGGCCACUCCAGCAAUGUUCCAUGCCUUGAGCUUGACUAAAAUUAUUAGUACAUUAGGAAGCUAGGAACCGCAUGAUACAAACCUUCACUUCAUUCAUUCAAGCUGAUUAGCUUCUGCUCAAAAGUUUCAUCUGCUGGCACUGAAUCUAUCUAUCAAUCUUUCCAAAUCACCCAAUGAAAAUUCGCUCACUAGAUUAUGCUUUCAUUCUCAUCACCCUGCGCUACUUCUUCUUGGUCCUAGUCUCAUCAAACUCAGAAAUCUGCAGUACUUCAGCAGCAUGUCAUCCAACCGAACCAUGGGUUCGAUUCCCUUUUCGAUUAAAAGACAGCCAACCAGAACAGUGUGGGUAUCCUGGUUUCGAUUUAACCUGCGAUAGCUCCAGGAUGACAACAAUCCAGCUCCAUGAUAUUUCCUUCAAUGUUGAAACCAUAGAUUAUGAUUCACAAGAGAUAUGGCUCCAUGAUCCUGAACAUUGUCUUCCUAAACGCCUUUUGACCUUAAACCUUUCCGGUACCCCAUUCACAGCAGUUCUUAAACAGGAUUUCAUCUUCUUUAAUUGCUCCUCAGAAUCCAAAUUUUAUUUGGAGUAUCCCAUAAGCUGUCUCAGUGGCCCUGGUUACAAUGUUUUUGCUACCUCUUCAAGUGGUCGAGCUCGUAUGUUUCGAGCUUCAAAGUGCCAGUGGGUUACAUCGGUUAUGGUCCCUGUUCCGUCCUAUUAUGAUGAUCUUGGUGAAGACUUAAGGCUUGCCUGGAAAACACCUAACUGCAGAAAGUGUGAAUACAGGGGUGGACGAUGUGGCCUGAAGAACAACUCCACUAAUGUCAUUGAGUGCAGAAUUCAACACGGGCUUCCAAGAGGUGCUCGGUACGCCAUCAUUGUCGGAGCAGGGAUUCCCGGAUUUCUAUUCCUAACUGGGCUUUUGUUCUGCAUCAUCCGCAGGAUCAAGGCCUUUGGCAGACGCCGGCAGCCGGUGAUCGAAUACUCAACCACUCAUGUGGUGCCGCAGCCGGUUGUUGUUGUAUCGGGCCUGGAUGAGGCCGUUAUAGAAACCUUCCCCAAAACGGUGUUGGGUGAGAGUAAGCGCCUCCCAAAUCCAGAAGACAAUGUCUGCUCAAUUUGCUUAGGCGAGUACAAGCCCAAAGAGUCACUCAGGACCAUCCCUGCUUGCAAACAUUGCUUCCAUUCUAACUGCAUUGAUGAAUGGCUUCGGUUGAAUGCCACCUGUCCCGUUUGUCGGAAAAACCAGAAACAGUCCACGCCGGUGCCGGAGCCAGCUCCUGCCUCCGACCGUAAUGUUUGAUAAGGACACAAUUCCUCAAUUUUGCAUGUAUCCAGAUGUUCUUAGGAAAUUGGUGAAUCUCCAUUUGUAAAUUUCGUAUUUCAAAUUUUUAAACUGGUGAAAAUGCAGCAAAAGAAUUGUUUGUAUGUCAGCAACCAGAAAAUCAGAUUUUGUGGUGUUUAAUGAAAAACUGAAAAGGAUGUACACAUUUCUUCAACAUUUUUUUUUAACCUUACUAUACCACUAGUAGCUAGAUAGUGUAUUAAUAACUAAUUAACUAUCACUUGCUUCAACAAUGCUAUCUAUCUCACUACUGAGGAAGCUUCCAUUUGAACUUGGUGUGUUGGCAUUUACAUUUCCACCACUUGAUGAAGAAAAUGGAUUUGGUGGAAUCAUGGGCAGGUUAUCUCCUUCAAGCAUUUGAAUCACAGCUUUCAUUGAAGGCCUGUCAGCUGGAUACCACUGGAUACACCAAAGUCCAACAAUUGCCAUUUUCUUGAAGAUAUUUCUGUCUCCUUCUUCUUCAAUUUGGAUUGCAAUGUCUUCUCUUUUUUCCAACUGAUUGUACAUCCAUUCUGGAUAGUAGAUUUGACUGCUAUCCCCGGCUCCUCCGGCAUGGAAGUUCUUCCUUCCUCCAACCAUAUCAAGCAACAACAUGCCGAAACUAUAGACAUCAGAUUUAUACGAAACGUUGCCGUAGUUUCUGGAGAAAACUUCAGGUGCAAUGUAGCCUAUUGUGCCUCUAGCAGCAGUCAUGACCACUACACUUUGUUCUUUGGAACAUAACUUCGCCAGCCCGAAAUCAGCAACCUUGGGAUUAUAAUUGUGAUCUAACAGGAUGUUCUGCGGUUUGAUGUCGAAAUGAAGGAUCGUUUGGUUGCAUCCCUGGUGAAGAUAAUCAAGUCCUUUAGCUAUCCCAACGGCAAUCUGUCGCAUCUUUUCCCAACCUAAUACUGGCUUGCCCUGCUUCCCGGGAGAAAUGACCUUUUCAAGUGUAUCAUUCGGUAAGAAUUCAUACACCAGACCCCUUCUAUAUCCAUCUGCACAAUAUCCAACCAGACGAACCACAUUUAUGUGAUGUAUCUUCCCUAUUGUACCGACUUCAUUGAUGAAUUCUUGCCCAUCUCCUUUAGAAUUGUUCAGGACUUUAACAGCUACAAGAAUGUCUUCAGAGAGCUUUCCUUUGAACACUGUUCCAUAACCUCCCCGGCCUAAUUUGUGCUUGAAUUGAUCCGUGAUUUUCUUGAUGUCAGCAUAAGAAAAUCUUAUAGGCCUCAAAUCUUUGUAAUCCUCCAGAAAACGUUCAAUCUUCUUCUGCUCUUUUUUCUUCCUUUCCCUUCUAAACAACAUAACACACAAUGCCACCAGAAUUCCAAGAACAACUAUUGCUGCGACUGUUACACCAGCAACUACUGCUUUUUUAACAGGUGAUUCUGCAAACAAGAUUAUAGAAUCACUGAAAACCUGUUUUUGAUACAUAAAAACACAUAUAAUCAAAGAUUAUACAAGAUCACAUUUCACAAAAAUAAGGAGAGGACGUACUCUUCACGGCCUGAAUUGGACUGUCUAUGCAUUCUGUUUCGCCAAUUGUGCCGUUAAUCUUCGGGCGACAAUACUUCCCUAUAACUUCACAAUGUCCACAAAUCGGCUCUGACCAAUUAAGAUGAAUAUAACUGUAACCGGCUUCAAACCGCUCUCCUCCACUAAAAACGCCAAUUGGAACAUAAGAAACACUGUACAUCUUUGCACAAGAUGAGAGGAUAAAUUCAGAAAUGUCUCUCUGAGAAUCAAAGGCAAUAACUUCGUAGCCAGUGGAGGAGUUAAGGCAAGGCACAGGAUAUCCAUUCACGGUAUCGGAUACAGUGCCAUUAGAAGAAGCUGUACAAUUAAAUAAAGUGUAUCCGCUGUAUCCAUAAUUACUGACCACCGAGAAUGGAGACGCCGACGAGUUAACGGCAGGGAUUUGCCGGGGAAGGCAACUAAGGGAAGUGAUACUGUUCAUGGUAAUUAAUUGGGACUUGUAAUCAAUCUCUAAGAUUUCUACUUUAACUCGAAAAGGUAUCACAAUGUUGGCGCCGGAGCCGGAUGCCAUGAUUGGGUACUGGACCUCAAAUUCGGUGGCGCCGGCGGCAGAGCAAGACAGGGCAAAUCCGGGGAAGCCGCAGGAAUCCGGCUGACGACCCUUUAGAAAGAAGGGAAAUCGGAUUUCUGGGCCGGUGCUGUUGCAUCUUGUUGGCGAGCAUUCAUCUUGGGCUGAUGCAGUGGUGGACAGUAAUACUACUGUUGCCAUGUAAAUGAAGUUUAGGAUUGAGUUGGCCAUAGCCACUGUGUUGAGAACUUUUAAGGAGUCUGUGGGUUCUGCUCUCUUUUGGAUGUUUCCAGUUUUAGUAUAAGAAGUGAGAAUCAGAUGUUGAUAAUUGAGUUUAGAUAGAUAAAGGAAAAUUGGUUCAUUACUUUUGCAUUAGGCUUAUAGCGCUGGCUUCUGAGAAAUGGCUACUGUUUGAAACAAAGUGCAGGAAGAUACAG